AUGGUCAUUCAGCACAUCGCCUCCGGUGCUGAGGAGCCCAAGACUCCUGAGUCCAGUGGCUGUGGCUCUGAGUCAAAUGCCUCUGAAACUGUGUAUGAUACCCGCAAGAAUGGCAUCAAGCAUGUCGAAUAUGCCCCUCGCGACCCUAGUACUCCUGAUCCUUCUACUCCUGAUCAGAGUACUUCCGGACGUAACACUCCCGAGUCACAUACUAAACCGAAUGGAAGAUGCUACCAGCCGAGAUAUCCUCGGCGUGCGGAUCGCAUAAAUCAAGCCAUUACGGCUAAGAAUGCCCAGUGCUUCUUUGAUCACUCAUGUUCUAUCUUUGUUGGAAAUCUGUCUACCAAAAUCGUUCCUGCACGUAUGGAGGAAGACCUAGUCAAGGCGUUCUCCGAGUUUGGUCAGUGCUGGGUCAAGGUCAAGGAAGGCAGACAGAAAGCCCUACCUGGCGCGUUUGUGGUAUUUGAUAACCCCGAGUCUGCACAAAAUGCCAUCGAGCAGUACCCCAGGAUCCAACUGCAUGAUCGCACACUGAGGGUUGAACCUGCUGCUUGUAAACGCGACGCCAUCAUUGGACACCACUCCGGACAGCCCAUUACUGAGCACGACAUCGCUUACGCGCUCAACAGCUGGGGUUCUAUUGAAAACGUCACCAUCGAGCAGUCACUGAACUCAGGCGAGCCUCUUCAGGUCGGCCGAGUCACUUUUGCCUUCCUCGGCGACUACGAGGAAGCCAUCAAGGAUUAUUCCGACGAAACCUUCUAUCUGCGGCCACCCAUGGAUUCUCAGAGAUCUCCGGGCAAUCAAGCCGGGCGAGCCAAUAACCAAAUGGCACCCCGUGGCAACGGCCAGAGAUUCAACAACAACCACAAUAACCGUCCCAGAGGCGGUCGUCAGUUCCCAACUCGUGGAGGUAAUGCCCGCAGUAACUAUGGUGGAAACAAUCGAUACUCCAACGGCUACGGAAAUCAUCAGAACAUGAACGGUCCAACCUCCCCAAACGGUUACAAUGGCCAGGGCUUCGCAAACAAUAACGUUCCAGCCGGCUUCCCGAGCAAUCACUUCCCUGGCCACGGCUACUCCAACAGCACUGGCUUCCAUCAAAACCAUCCAAACAAUUUCCAGGGCUAUCCCAACCAAGGCUUCCCAGCUUCAGGUCCUUUCCCCGCUGCCCAGCCUAUGAUGUUUAACCCCCAGAUGCAAUUCCAAGAAGGCCCGCCUGCACCAUACUACACUGCCGAGCAUUUCCCACCGGUCUACCCUUUCAUUGUUCCCAACCAACCCGGCUUCCUCCCACAACCACCUCUGCCGCAACACUUGCCUCAGCAAAUGCACAUGGCUAACGUGGGUCCUGGUCCUGGUCCUGGCUCAUAUCUGCCUCCCAUCACGACUGGCCCUCUCGUUGUCUCCAGUCAACCAAUGCACGACAUACAACCUAGUCAACAUUCACCACCAUACUACCCAGAUUCAUACAUGGCUGACAAUGGAUACACUGGCAUGCAAAACGACUGGCACAGCCCCUCAACUGGCUAUGGUUUGCAAGAGGGGUACACCCACAAUCAACCUAUUAACAACCUGCCCGGCUUGCACCGAGAGACCGCUUCCAGCUGCCGAUCUAGCAGUGAUAGCACUGCCCCCAGCAGCCCUAAGGAAAAGGGAUGUGAGCGCCCCAAGCGCCAGGGUCCAAUGAUUGACUCCGAGAUUUCUCGUCUGAUCCCUGUGCGCCAUGAUACUGAUGGAAGUUCGGACCUUCCCCCAACCCAGCCUGACUAUUCUGAGAGUGGUAGCGUCACUGAUACCCCUUCCGAGCCUCUGGGUGAUGCGGAAAAGGAAGACGACACGCAGACCGCUGUGAGCGAGCCUGUUCUAAGCUCGCGCAAUACCGUUGAAGCUCCAGCUCAGGAUAAGAAGGAAAUUGCAGAUGAUGAAACGCCCAAGGACGAGACCAAGCAGCUGCUGGCAGCCCCGCCCAGUGUUGAACAAGUUGCUGAUCGAAAGGGCAAGGGAGUGCUCCGCUCCAUAACUCCCAAACAUGAGUCCAAGUUGAUACCCACUAUUCCCUUGCAUGCUAAGAGAGCUGCAUACGGAGAAGGAAAAGCGGCGAGUCUGGAGUCUCCAACUAAGUCUCCAAUCAAGGCUGAGUCCUCUGCAUCGGCAGCCCCCAAGACGCCGGCUCCAGCCGAGUCCAAGAAAGCAGUUGCCUCCGAGACAUCCACCACAGUUGAGCCCCAGAGAACAAUUCCCAAGUACUCUGCCACAGCAAGCUCCUGGAGAUCUGCCGCUCCCGCCUCCGUAAAAUCUCACAGUCCCAAGUCAGUAACUGCCCCAAAGCCACCCAGUGCCUCUACCAACGUCGAAUCCCAGGAUCAACCAACCCCAAAUUCCCCCCCUACCGCUAAAUUCGGGGGAAAGUCCUCCUCCAAUCUUCCGAGCAAGCCACCCGCCCCCGAUCUAACCAGAGAUGAUACCAAGGGCAAGUUUCAGGCGCACGAGGACGUCAAGGGAAAGGGCAAAGCUUCAGAGACAGAGCAGGUUUACAUUAAGGCAAAAGGCAAGGCUCAAGAGACAGAGCAGGAGGAAGAGAAAGAGAAGGAGGAAGAGAAAGAGAAGGAGGAAGAGAAAGAGAAGGAGGCAGAAGUGGCAGAGGAAGCAUCUGAACCAGCAGCAAAAGCCGAAGAGGAAAUACGAAUGGAUGCAUUUAUCCGCGAGCGUUUUGCUGACCGCACGCCCCUGCCACAAGAUUUUAUGCCCAAGGAAUAUGCUAUGGAGGAAAUUGUCAUGGACAAGGCAACUGAGCUGGAGAUUAGUUUGGAAGAGGCGUGGCUGCUAGCAUUUAUCAUGGAAAUGGAGGAUGAACAAAGGAAGAAAUACGCCAAUGCAGAUGAUGCUAACGAAGAGACCCCAAACGAGGAGACGGCCAACCAAGAGAACGCCAAUUAUGAGGAUUCUCCUCCUCCUACUCCUGCACUCACGAACGGUCCAUCUGCUUCAUCGCGGGAUGAGGAAGAGCCGAUCAAUGUUUGGGACGAAGAAUGGAAUGAUCACAACUAA